AUGGCAAUCCCGCGGGCAGAUGGAACGCCCGCUAAGGCUUUGCGUGACGAGGUGACCCAGCGCACCUUGCGCAAGGACAAAGCCGCUGCUGAGUUGAAAGAGACGCAGAACAGCUUGAAGCAGGCACAGGUGGCUGCCAACAAGGCACGUGAGGCAGCCAAGAAGAGCCGUGGCGAGAUGCUGUUUCUGGAGAAGGAGCUGAGUGAGAAGAUCUCCCAGGACCUCAGAAAAGUGGCGGAUCGCCUGGAAACUUGGACCGAGAAGAGGCGUUCCUUGCUCCAGGACCGAGAGAAGAAGACCAAAGAGAAGGACGAGGCCGAACGCCAGGUGGCUGUUCUGACUGGCAAGAUCGAAAGUACUAUGCCCCGGCCACAGCGUACAGCCCUGAACGAGGUCCGAUCCUGGGUCACCAAGCAGGGUCUUGACAAGGACGUCUUCGGAACCUUGUUGGAAAACAUCCAAGUUCCACCAGCCUAUUGCAUCGCCGCUGAAAGCACCGCUGGCAGCGCUGUCUUCAACCUCUUGGUCAAAGAUGACAUCAUCGCCGGGCAGAUUGUUUCUUUGGUGCGAAAAGGAAGUUUGGGCAGUAUUGUGUGCACACCCUUGAACCAGUUGGAGACCAAGCCCCGGCAGUAUCCCAAGAUCUCGGGAGUGAAGCCCCUGGUGGAUGUGAUCAGCUGCCCCAAGUGGGCCUUCCCGGCAGUGCAGCAGGUCUUUGGCAGGACGGUGGUUUGCUCCACCCUGGAGCUGUGUGAUGAGGUGAGUCGCAAGUAUGGUCUGGACGCCAUCACUCUGGAUGGCGACAAGGUGAGUAGUCGUGGCACACUGACGGGUGGAUUUCAAGAUCCUGCCCGUUUCGUGCGCAUUUCGCAAGCGCAGAAGCUGAGGGACGUGCAGGAACCCCUGGAGAAGACCAAUGCCAUCCGACCCAAGUUGGCCAAGAUUGAGCAAGAGGCCGAAGCGGCUUAUAACCAGCUGGAUGAGCUGCAUGGUCUCCGACGUGAGCUUCAAGACCAGCGCAGCACCAAGCGCACGGAGCUGAUCGCUGCCAGCGAGGCAGUUGAGGAGGCCGAAGGCCGUGCCGCUCGCUAUGAUGAUGCCAUUCGUCAGAGCCAAGAACGCUGCAGCGAGUUGCAGAGUCAUAUCGCUCAGUACGAGGCGGCCAUCGCCUCGAUGGAAGAGGAGAUGAAGACGAAAAGCCUUGGAGACUUAACAGCGGAAGAGGAUGCCCAACUGAAACAGCUUGGCGAGGAGCUUCAGGAGCUUGAGAAGAAGUUGGCGACGAGUACCGAGAAGUGCCACAGCCUAAGCCGAGAGAUUAAAGGCAAAGAGCAGCAUCUCAAAGACUUUCUCCGCAAACGUCUUCAUGAACUAGAGGUACAGCUGCGAAGAGACUUGCCUGGGGAUCAUGACGAGCGGGUGCGUGAACGCACGAAGGCAGUGGAACGUCUUCAACGUGCCGAGAAAGAGAGCGAAUCAUCUUUGAAGGUCAGCAGCGUCCUGAUGCCCUUAAGGGUAGAUGCAAAAAUUGUCUUGAUUCUUUACCCCUUGGCAGCAAUCUUAUGGUAUUCCAGGUGGCGCGUGGCCAAACCUGACGAGUGGCUUUUGGUGCUCCGCGAUGGACGCCUGAUUGGACAGGGCAUAGGUCUACGCGCCUUCUGUGGGUGGCGGGAUUCGGUGGCCAAGUUUCCAGCCACCAUUCAGAAGAUCCGAUUUCAGGCCGCACAAGUGGACAAAGAGAUGCAAGGGCUGGAAGUGAGUGGCUACCUGAGCUGGUCCGUCAACCGCACCGGAGAGGGGCCCUGGAAUGCCUACAAGUACAUGGCGAUGAGAGACCUUGAUGGGGACGGCACAGUGGACUCAGAUGCGGGCUCCCAACACAUUGCAGAGAUGGCCAAGGCCGUGGUGCGAAGCCAGGUGGCCAACAGCACGCUCUCAGAGGUGCUGACCCAGCGGGAACGCUUCCGAGAUGCUGUGAAGGAGAAGGUGAUGCAGCAGGUGGAAGGCUGGGGCGUCUGGGUGGAAGCUAUCGAGAUUGCAGACGUGAGGAUUUGCUCUUCCAAACUCUUUGAGGACCUGCAGGCAGCUCACAGGCAGCAGAUUCGCUUGCAGGCUGAGGAGGCGCGGAUGGACACAGAGCGAAAGCUCCAAGAGAGGAAGCUGCAGGAUGAGCUUGCAUUCGCGAAAGCCAAGGCCGAAACCGAUGCCGAAAAGCGCCUCUGCGCAGCGCGACAGCAGCUGCGGGCAGAGCAGGAGGAGGCGGAGCUCUUCGCGUUGCAGGCACAGGCGGCGAAGGCACGGCUGCAGAUGGAAGAGGAGAUUGAAGUGGCGAAAAUUGCCAAGGAGGCCCGGCUGGAGAAGCAAAAGUUGGAAGGGCAAAAUGAGUUGAAGAUGUUAACGAAGGAGGCAGAGCUCAAAAGGCUGGAUGCCACCUAUGACACCGAAAAGAAGAUGCCCGAGGCGAGCCUGCGGCGCAUGCAGAUGGAGACGGCGACGAAGAUCGCGGAGAAGUUGCCACUGAAGGACCUGCGCUUGAACGUCUUCGGUGACGGCAGCCAGGUGUCUAAGCUGCUUCCGGCGCUGAGUGCGGCCACUUGGGAUCUGGUGCAGGAACAGGAACCUCAAACUGUGUACAGUACAGUCCUGCUGCGCUCUGAAACACGACAGAAACACGGCGACGUGACGAGCUACGUGGAGCUCUUAAAGGAGCUGAACACGGCCGAUCAGGCCUUAGCGCAGGCGCGCAAGGAGGUGGAACGGCUGCAAAGUGAGGACCAAAAAAUUCAAAGCAAUCUGAGUCAGCUGACUUCCAACUUGGAUGACAUCGCCUUGAAGGUUGACAGGGAUUGCCGGGUGAAGGUGUCAGUUCGAAAAACCGGGUGGAACUUCCGUGGAGUUAGUGCUAUGCUGGCCAUGUUUGCUCCAGUGGUUCGCACCCAUGGCGUCCUGAGCCAAUGCCCAGACAAUCCUGGUAUGACCUUGGUUGCUCCAAAUUUCAAUCCACUUGGACCCCCGUUUUUUCUGAGCAGCGCUUGGGCCAUGGCGAGCUAUGCUCCUCUGCAAGAGGAGCAGCUGACGCUGAAUCUGCAGUUUUUACGCUCCGUCAAGGAAAAUGAAAUCACCGGUGCCAUCAGCGCCCUGGACGAUGGAGCUGAAGUGGACUGUGGUUUGACGGAGGAAGCGGUGAAUCUGCAGACGCCUCUGCGCGCGGCCUGCGCCAAGGCCAAUGUGAAGAUGGCGCGGCUGCUGCUCUUGCACGGAGCGGAUGUCUUUGCGCAUUUUUCGGUGGAUGGUUGGACUGCCCUGCACAGUGCAUGUCAUGGGGGCCAUGAUCACAUCGCCAAACUACUGCUGGAAGAGGCCAAAUCGUUGCACGAGAACACCUUCCAAGAAGGUUGGAGCUUGCUGCAUUUGAUCGUGCUGGCUGCCACUGAGCGUUUGUUAAACCGCGGUGCCGAGUUGGUUUGCUGGGUCUUGAAGCAGAUGCCCAAACUGGAGGUGGAUGCGUCUGCCACGCGUCCGGGGUAUGUGAACUGGACGCCGUUGCACCUGGCUGCGGUGCGGGGAUACACCGAGAUUUUGCAGGUCUUGUUGAAGGCGAAGGCUAAUCCCUUCGAAAUCACUGGGGAAUUCUAUGUGAGCUCGGUCCAGCUCAAUAGGUUGGCUGCUGGGGAUGAGUCUGCAGUCACAUGCGUGCAGAAGAUCAGUGCCACGAAGGAUGAACUGGAUCAAGGCCUCACGCCUCUACAUCUUAGCGCCUUCGGCGGACAUCUGCGGACGUGCAGGGCCCUGCUUCGUCGCAGCAAGAAAUCCAUCAAUGUCAUGACGCAAGGUCACUGCUGGACCCCUUUGAUGUACGGCGUGUGGAGCAACGACGUGGCGCUGGUGCGCGAGCUCUGCCGCGUGGGCGGCCGCUGUGCGGUCAACGACCUGGACCGCCGGGGCAGCGGCACGACGUGGUCCCCGCUGGCGCUGGCGGUGGUGCGCAGCAGCACGGAGAUGGUGAACGCGUUACUGGAGUACGCGGCGGAUCCCUUGGCCCGUUACGCUUCCUGUGACUUCCCCGGCAGCGCCCUGGUGAAGCACUGCUCCCUGGCGCUGCCCGAUGCGCUGGAGAAUCUGUGGAGCGGCCGGGAUCAGCGGAUCUCGUUGCUACACCUGGCCAUCUGCCGCGGUAGCAGCGCCAUGCUGUCGCUGCUGCGGCCGGCCAUGCUGGCGGCGCACCAGCGCCCCGCGGCGCUCAGCACGCAGCGGCCACAAAUCGAGGCGUUGCCGUGGCAGGAUGUGACGGGAACGCUGAAGGAGAAGUGCUGCAAGAAGCAGGACCAAGCGCGAGAGAGGCUCCUUGCGAGUCCCGCCUCAGAAACGCAAAGUGGCGACCCCGUGACCUUUUGCACGGCACAGGGAUGGUCUCCCGCGAUUUUGGCGCUGUUUCUGCACACCGUGGAUCCUCAGCGAAAAGUGCGCUGUUUCCCACUGACCCAAGCCUUUCCAGAUCCACCCGGAGCCUCGCGGGAAGAUAUUUUUCUGCAAGUGAUCGAUGGACUACAGGAAGAGACCACGGUUCCGCAGAGAUUUCCAGAUGUCGCUGAAUCGUUGGUGAUGAUGACGUUGAACGAAUUCAGCCGGCUCUGCAAAAAAGCCGAUGCCACGGGAAUCAUGGAGAAGCUCCUGCAUGCGACCUUGUGCAUGGCUUGCCACUUCAAUCGUCUCAACGUGGUUCGACAUCUCUUGGCAGUGCACCAGUGCGACCCCCGUUGCAGCUUUAUGACUUCCAUCGAACGACGGCCGCUGCAUAUCGCUGCCAGCUGUGGACAUGGCGAUGUGGCGCAGCUCCUCUUGGAUUUCAAAGCAGAUCCAAUCGAGGAUGAUGAAAACCAGGAACGUCCAGUUCUGAAGCUGGCCCGUGCCCUGGAAGGCAAAGCCAAUGCCUUGCAAGCGCGCGUCGCCCAGCUAGAAGCAGCGCUCGAAGGCUUUCCUGCAGCCACUUCUCCCAAGCUCUCAACCGGGCCCCCACGGAUGGGUCGGAGGUCCGGUGGGGGCCCGGUGCUGCUGGCGCGCUAUGACUCCUUGUUGCAUGACUCGAGGAUGUGA